AAAUUCUUGAAACAAUACGAAUUUUUUUUCUCACGAAUCCCCAAGGUUUCUCUCCUCGCACAAGCCACGACGGCGAUUUGCGACCGCUGCGGCUCGUGGAGAAGCCGUCUUCAGAAACCCUAAAAUUCGUGUUUUGUAUCUGUGUUUGCCUUUUGAUUUCAUUGCGGAAAAUGGCUGAUUCUCAUCGCAAAAGGUACUCUCGAUCUCCUUCCCUCUGGAGAGCUCGUUCAAGGUCAAGAUCUAGAUCUAGGUCGCGAUCGAGGCCCAGGUCUAGAUCCAGAUCAUGGUCAAGGCCAAGGUCUCAAAGUCGUGGAAGAUCAAGGUCCACAAGUCGUGGGAGGUGCAUUUCUUCAGCUGGAACUCUGGAUGAAAAACAAACAAUACUCUGUUUCAGUACUUGAAUUGGGUCUAUUUCAUGCCUUUGCUGCUUAGGUUGUUAGUGUUUCGAUUCUCCUUGGAUAACAUUUUUAGCUUCUUCCAUGGAGAAUGCCCUUAACCCUGGGAAUACGCUUUAUGUCACCGGUCUAUCUGCGAGGGUCACUGAAAGAGACCUUGAAGAACACUUUUCCAAGGAGGGCAAGGUAGCUUCUUGUUUCCUUGUGGUGGAACCACGAACACGAAUUUCCCGGGGUUUUGCAUUUGUCCAGAUGGACAAUGUUGAUGAUGCUAAUCGGCGUGUUAAGCAUCUCAACCAGUCAAUUCUAGAAGGUCGAUAUAUAACUGUGGAGAAGUCACGGAGGAAACGGCCAAGAACUCUAACGCCUGGACACUAUUUGGGGUUGAAAAACACCAGAGACUCUGGCUACCGUGAUGAUCGAGGAAGGUACCGUGGUGGCUCUCUUCGUGAUGACUAUGGUUAUCGUCGGUCUCCAAGACGCUCACCAUAUCAGGGGCCUCGAGAGUACUCCCCUCGAUAUUCCUCCCCUUAUGGUGGAAGAUCAAGGAGGGAUCACUCCAGGUCGCCUCCUUACUCCCCGUAUGGCAGCCCGGAUAGGAGGUAUCCUCAUGGCUCCAGGUGAGGCAUCUUUUAAUGUACCUUUUUUUCGUGCUGUUAAAGACGACUGUGGUUGGUUAUAAGUUUAGUCGAACAUUUGUUUGUUCCUCCUAGUUUCAAGCAGUCCAACUGGCCGAACGUUUAUCAUAUGGGUUUAUUUGACAAACGGUAUUCAAAGUACUUUUCUUUAACCCAACUGUUCAAAACUAGUUCGAUCGAAGAAAAUAGGAGGAAACGUCGUUAAUUAGUAACUACGAAACGUUGUAUUUGAUGAUUCUUUUUGAACUUUUA